AGCUCUUGUCUUCCGUGAACCUUACCUCGCAAAUCAUUGCUUCAGAAGUCCAAAAAGUAGUGAACAUCUUCCUCUCUUCAAUCAACCACUCAAACCUCUACCUCUACUCCCCACUCCCCCCCACCUUUACAAUGAGAGCCCCAGCAAUAGAACGUUCCCUCACCGCUGGGCCCGCAGAAGGUCCUGUAGACCCAUUCCCGCUGCGCCUCUCGGGCCCGGUAAUCAAGGGCUUCGGCCGCGGCAGCAAAGAGUUGCAAAUCCCAACGGCGAACAUACCAAUCGAAGGCCUUCGGGUCGGCAGCUGCGAGACGGUGGAAUCGGGAGUUUACUAUGGAUACGCUGGUCUCGACAUCCCGGCCACUGCCGGCAACGACAAUGACAACCACGGCAACAAAAAGUCCUCUACUACUGUUGCUGCUGCGGAUGGCAGGGUCUUCCCCAUGGUCAUGUCCAUUGGUUGGAACCCCUUCUACAAGAACUCUGUUCGGUCCGUUGAGGUGCAUAUCAUACACACUUUCCCCGAAGACUUUUACGGGGUGCAAAUGAAUUUGGUUAUUCUGGGGUUUAUUCGGCCAGAGUUUGAUUAUGUUAGCAAGGAGGCACUGAUCGAGGAUAUCAAGAUGGAUAUUAAGGUUGGUGUGAAUAGCUUGGAGAGGGAGGGGUAUAGAGAUUUUAAGAGUGAUUCCUAUUUGACCAACUUUGGAUGUUGAGUGGAUGAUUUUUUUCCUUUAUUUUUCUUCUCUCUCUUUGAGUUCCACACUUUGAAUUGGGAUUCUUAGUGUUGAAUAGAAGGACUUUAGACGGAUAUUGAAUCUUAGAGGAGGAAUACCGGUACGGUAUUGGUGUUUUAUUCCUAUCCAUGUCUUUCAUUACGCUUAAAUUAAUUGUCAGCUUUUUU